AUGAGGACCAUAACUUCCUCGGGUGGCAAAGUUGAGACUGUGUCUGUGAGGAGAACAGAGUCAUCAGAUGCACAUGAGAUCAAUAGCCUGAUCAGUCCUGCCACAGUAGCAGUAUUUGGAAGAGUAAAUGUCAUUCAUCUACUGUGAGUAUGCAUAGCCUUAAUCAUGUCUGCCAAAUGCAUGCAACAGAUAUUCACACUCAAGGUGGAAAAUAUUUGUUGUUGCAUCAUUAGUUUAAUUGUAUCAUAUCAGAAUGCAGAAUGCAUGAACAUGCACUUGUACAGACCCAUAUCCAUCCUGCCCUGCCUUUCGAAAGUAUUUGAAAGCCAAGUUAACAAACAGAUCACCGACCAUUUCGAAUCCCACCGUACCUUCUCCGCUAUGCAAUCCGGUUUCCGAGCUGGUCAUGGGUGCACUUCAGCCACGCUCAAGGUCCUAAACGAUAUUAUAACCACGAUCGAUAAUAGACAGUACUGUGCAGCCGUCUUCAUCGACCUGGCCAAGGCUUUCGACUCUGUCAACCACCGCAUUCUUAUUGGCAGACUAAAUAGCCUUGGUUUCUCAGAUGACUGCCUCGCCUGGUUCACCAACUACUUCUCAGAUAGAGUUCAAUGUGUCAAAUCGGAGGGCCUGUUGUCUGGACAUAUGGCAGUCUCUAUGGGGGUGCCACAGGGUUCAAUUCUUGGGCCGACUCUUUUCUCCGUGUAUAUCAAUAAUGUCGCUCUUGCUGCUGGUGACUCUCAGAUCCACCUCUACGCAGACGACACCAUUUUGUAUACAUCUGGCCCUUCAUUGGACACUGUGUUAACAAACCUCCAAACGAGCUUCAAUGCCAUACAACACUCCUUCAGUAGCCUCCAACUGCUCUUAAACACUAGUAAAACUAAAUGCAUGCUCUUCAAUCGAACGCUGCUGGCACCCGCCCACCCGACUAGAAUCACUACUCUCGACGGGUCUGACCUAGAGUAUGUGGACAACUACAAAUACCUAGGUGUCUGGUUAGACUGUAAACUCUCCUUCCAGACUCACAUUAAGAAUCUCCAAUCCAAAGUUAAAUCUAGAAUCGGCUUCCUAUUUCGCAACAAAGCCUCCUUCACUCAUGCUGCCAAACAUGCCCUCGUAAAACUGACUAUCCUACCGAUCCUUGACUUCGGCGAUGUCAUUUACAAAAUAGCCUCCAACACUCUACUCAGCAAAUUGGAUGUAGUCUAUCACAGUGCCAUCCGUUUUGUCUCCAAAGCCCCAUACACUACCCACCACUGUGACCUGUACGCUCUUGUUGGCUGGUCCUCACUACAUGUUCGUCGUCAAACCCACUGGCUCCAGGCCAUCUAUAAAUCACUGCUAGGCAAAUCCCCGCCUUAUCUUAGCUCAUUGGUCACCAUAGCAGCACCCACCCGUGGUCUGCGCUCCAGCAGGUAUAUCUCACUGGUCAUCCCCAAAGCCAACACCUCCUUUGGCCGCCAUUCCUUCCAGUUCUCUGCUGCCAAUGACUGGAACGAAUUGCAAAAAUCUCUGAAGCUGGAGACUCUUAUCUCCCUCACUAACUUUAAGCAUCAGUUGUCAGAGCACCUUACCGAUCACUGCACCUGUACACAGCCCAUCUGAAAUUAGCCCACCCAACUACCUCAUCCCUAUAUUGUUAUUUAUUUUGCUCUUUUGCACCCCAGUAUCUCUAUUUGCACAUCAUCUCUUGCACAUCUAUCAUUCCAAUGUUAAUACUAAUUGUAAUUAUUUUGCACUAUAGCCUAUUUAUUGCCUUACCUCCAUAACUUGCUACAUUUGCACACACUGUAUAUAUAUUUUCUGUUGUAUUUUUUGACUUUAUGUUUUGUUUUACCCCAUAUGUAACUCUGUGUUGUUGUUUUUAUCACACUGCUUUGCUUUAUAUUGGCCAGGUCGCAGUUGUAAAUGAGAACUUGUUCUCAACUGGCUUACCUGGUUAAAUAAAGGUGAAAUAAAAUAAAUAAAAAAAUGGACCACAACCAUUUAUCCUGGCCUCACUGUCAGUAUGUUGGUAUCCUCAGAGAGAAGGCCAAUCUGGCAGUGACCCUGAGCAAUGCAAAGAAUGAGGUCUUGGCCCAUGCUGCCUUCUCCUAUCACCCCAUUGGAGACAUUGUGGAUCAAGCUUGUUGGGAAGCAUUCCUGCAUGACAAUUACAGCACUGAAAAAUACACGGUUUGUAUCAACUAAAAGAGAGACUAUACUUGUUCUUGUUUUCUUUCCUCUGUGGGUUUAACUGUGUUUUCUCGUUACCACAGCCUCUGAACACACUCUUCCUGCACCUCUUCGUGGCACAGCCGAUCUUCUCCAUCGGGAGUGCCAACGAGAUUGUAAGGUAGGGAGCACAAGAGGUUGGUGAGGGGAGUAUGGCUCCCAAUAAUGGCUGGAAUGGAGUAAAGGGAAUGGUAUCAAACACAUGGAAACCAUGUGUUUGAUGUGUUUGACACCAUUCCAUUUAUUCCAUUCCAACCAUUACAAUGAGCAUGUCCUCCCCAAUUAAGGUGCCACCAGCCACCUGUGGUAAGGAGUUUAUUAAUGUUUUCAAUGUAUGCAAUCAGCAAAAAACUGAGUGGCAAAGUGAGCAGCACUAACAAGUGAUGGCAUGGCAUUGCUCAUAAUCAUGUAACAACCCCUUUCAUAAUGCAGGCUCAAAAAUAUUACAUGUUCAACUUUUCCAUAAUAUAAUAAGACCAGGUUUGAAUCCUGUUUGUGGCAACUAGUGAUACAGCAGUCUGCCAUUCCUAUACCACAUAUGCUUUUCCAAUUUGAUUCCACAGCCAUUCCAUCAAAUUUCAGCAUGAGAAAUUAGAUUCUCAUGAUGUGAUAUUGCAUGCACUGUAUGUUCUUGACAGGGUGAUGGAUUGUGCAAUAAGAACAGUAAACAUCUUCUUCUUACAGAACUGUGUUCAAUGCUAUCACAGAGCUGCAAUACAUCUGCUUGGUCACCCCAACUAGUCGAUGUCUAGGUAAGUGUGUAGUCCUUUUAUUAUAGAAUAUUAAAUACAAAAUGUGUAAUCGUAUUAGUAAACCUUCAUCGUCAUGUAUUAUAAAAUAUAUGAUUCUAAAGGAUUCACAGUAUGCCCACUCCCACUGUGUGUUUUCAGAGCGUGCCCUGGUAAAGAUCUUUGAGCCCAUGAAGAGUCUGAAGGAUCCAGGGCCCCAGUGUUCAGCGUUUGUGUGCCACAGACACAACUAUUGCCCAAGGCUGCAUGUCCGCCGAGCCAGGUCCUCAUAGUCAUUUUAACACACCUGCGUUCUGUACCCAUAGCACUUUUGCUUUAUACUCUCAAAUUUGAUUUUGCAGUUCACAGUAUGAUAACUUACUUUUUGGAAUUGAUGUCUGGUGAGGACCUGCCUUACAACAGGCCUACAAGCCCUCAGUCCAGCCUUUCUCAGCCUAUUGUGGACUGUCUGAGCACUGAUGGAGGGAUUGUGCAUUCCUGGUGUAACUCGUGCAGUUGUUGUUGCCAUCCUGUACCUGUCCUGCAGGUGUGAUGUUCGGAUGUACUGAUCCUGUGCAGGUGUUGUUACAUGUGGUCUGCCACUGCGAGGACGAUCAGCUGUCCGUCCUGUCUCCCUGUAGCGCUGUCUUAGGCGUCUCACAGUACAGACAUUGCUAUUUAUUGCCCUGGCUACAUCUGCAGGCCUCAUGCCUCCUUGCAGCAUGCCUAAGGCACGUUCACACAGAUGAGCAGGGACCCUGGGCAUCUUUCUUUUGGUGUUUUUCAGAGUCAGUAGAAAGGCCUCUUUUUAGUGUCCUAAGUUUUCAACUGUGACCUUAAUUGCGUACUGUCUGUAAGCUGUUAGUGUCUUAACGACCGUUCCACAGGUGCAUGUUCAUUAAUUUUUUAUGGUUCAUUGAACAAGCAUGGGAAACAGUAUUUAAACCCUUUACAAUAAAGAUCUGUGAAGUGAUUUGGAUUUUUACGAAUUAUCUUUGAAAGACAGGGUCCUGAAAAAGGGCAGUUUCUUUUUUUGCUGAGUUAUGUUAUGUUAUGCUAUGUUAUGCUAUGUUAUGAAUUUGCAAAACGUAUAAUAUGUUACGAAUUAGCAAAAGGUACAAUAUGUUACGAAUUUGCUAAAUGUAUGAUAUGUUAUGAAUUCUAGCUAGGUGUCUAGGUGGCUAACGUUAGCUAGCUGGGUUAAGGUUAGGGUUGUUUAGGAGUUAGGUUAAAUGGUUAAGGUUAGGGUUAGGAGAAGGGUUAGCUAAAAGGGUUAGGGGAAGGGUUAGCUAACAUGCUAAAUAGUUGCAAAGUAGUUAAAAAGUAGAAAGUAGUUGAAAGUUGCUAAUUAGCUAAAAUGCUGAAAUUGUCCAUGAUCAGAUUCGAACAACCUUUAGGGGCGUUAUACGCCCACCCAUCCACCCCGACCAACCACCCUACUUUCGUUUUUGCCUUAAGUAACCAUCUGUGUUAUGUAACCAUACCAAACGUAACAUAUACUAAUUUCAGUGUCCCGGAUUUACAUUUACUAUGUUACGUCAAGUCUAUGAGACCAGGCUGUUAUUUCAAAACCUUCACACGUAUUUCUAUUCUGAUGAUCCUUGGGUUGCUCAUCGCUUUCAUCAAAUGAUUGAAGCUUCUGUUACAGGGUGGAGGAUCAUGACGACCUCACACACAUCUUUGCGGAGCAGACAAAGGCCCUCACAGAAUGCUAUGGGCCUUACUUUCUGGUUGAACUCAUCGAGGCUCAGGAUGACGAAAAUCAUGCAGCUGUUUGUGAGGUCAGCUAUGUUUACAGUUUUAUUUCUUUGUUGUCAUGAGAAUAUAUUUAUUUCUCCUUAAUACAUUGCAACUUCAGCCAAAACCACAGGAGAGGAAAAAACGUUAGCCCUUAUGAUUAUUAAGCUAUGGAUCAAGUCAGCCAUUUUGUUCUUUCUGAUGUUGUCUUUGUCUCUGAUCCACUAUCAGAGAGUUAAGGCCAUUUAAAAUAUAAUAACAGCGGUGCAGAUGCUUUUGCCUGGUUCACAGAAAUCCCGUUGGGGUCAUUCCCCCGGGACUUAGAAGAUGACAGAUCUUUCCUCCCCUCCCUGCAACUCAAGCUGACACGUGUUCAUGGCAGCAUAUGGUAGAUGAGAGUUGACACUACCAAGACAGGCUCUCACUGAACAUAUUGUGUCCAGACAUCUGUAGCAUUUUGGGGGUUUUGCCUGGAUGUGUUCUCCAUUCAGAGAACAAACAGCACAACACUUCCCAAGAGGGUUGUGCUAUUCAGGCCUCUCUUCCUCUUAAGAGCUUUGUCAAUUAUUUACUUAUUGCCUAGAACAAAAUACUGUAAUUGGUCAAGUUUGAUAGUAUGCACAUGUAUAUUACUAGUGUUGAUACACUUUAUUUUAAUUACAAAUGGCUUUACAGUAAAAUGACUGUGACUGUCUGUCUGUGUUCUGUCUUCACAGAAUGAGGGAACUGCUGUGGGUUUCAUCAGUGUGAGUGGUGACAUCAACUUGAAGCUGCUCAACGAGUGCUUUGAGCUUGGGCCCUUCAACGGUCUGUAUAAGUCCAGUCCAGAGGGCCUGACUGAGACUGCCCCUGAGCCAGAGGGAGAGGGGCCUCCAGGGGACACCAACACCAUCAGCCCACAGGGUACCACUGGAGAGGUACAGUAUGAGAUGAAUCUGACCCAGAAGGACCCAUGUGUCCAAGAUUAACAAUACUGUAAGGGUAUAACAGAUAUGCCAUUGUUAGGCACAAUGUGACAUAUUGGUGUGAUUACAUGAAUUGCAAGGUAUCAUCACAGGACGUGGACCAGACAAAAGAUUUGGAUCAAGGUGGCGUUACAGCAAUACCCAGUGAAGUAUCAGAGGUAAACCAAUUAUGAAUUCCUUAUGGUAUUUCCUUUAUAUCCACCUAGCUAUAGGCUUUCCUUCAUCGCCUAUUGAUAUAUUAACAUUGUAUUGCUCUCAUUGCAGCCAGGGGACAGCCAGGCUUGUGCUGCAGAGCCUCAGGAUUCAGAAAUGACUCUGGAACCAAGAGUCUCACUAACACCCAAUGCAUUCUGUAUUCAGUUAUUUGUAAUCUACAAGACAUUUGAAAUGAGGUAAGUUCAGGAGAAAGUCAUAACUCAAUAUUUGUAUUUAUUUAUUGAAAGCAGGAACUCCCCUCAAUGUACUCGGAACAUUUCAUUACUCUAGGACCAAUAAAAUGUAUUCAAAAUAGGUUCUGAAGUUUCAAUAUAGUUGGUUCGUUAAUGGGAAAAUGUGUUUUAAAGAAAUCACUUUUCUAAAAAGUUUCUGUUUUGGAGAUAAGAUGUUUUGAUCAAACAGUGACGAUAAUUUGAUUACUAAGUAAUUAAUUGAUUAAGUAGUUACCUAAUAAUUAUACUGCCAUUGUUUGGAUGAGAGUUUAACUAACUCAUUUGAAAAAAGGGUUUGUAUUUGGAAAAAUAAAGAGGAAAUAAAUUCCCAUUAAUCGAAGGUGAUCAAAUGUAGUUUUGCUUUCUCCACUUCAUGAAUCUGUUGAAACAACCUUUCACUAGUCAUGGCAGCCCUCCAGUGUGUAUCCGUCUUUAGCUGUGUGAUUGUUAGCUGGCUCCCGCUGGGUCUCUCUCUCUAUCGCCUUACUGUCCAGCUGUUCUGGAAUAUGGAAGCCAGUUACUCCCCACCGAGAAUGAGCAUGUAAUUAAUGAGUAUGGUGCUUAAAGUGACAGCAACUUGAAGGAGAGAAGUACUGAGAUGUGCGGAUUGCUUGGCCAGAUUGCUUGGCCAGUUGUUCCACUGCUGUGAUCUCCAUGUUGGCUCUGAUUAGAGCCUUGGCAGAGACACAGUUUCAUUUAACUUCCCUCAUUCAUCUCCUCCUACAGAUCGGUGGACUUCCUGCCCAAUAUAUUUAAACUUUUCCCUGUAAGUACCCCUCUAAUAAGUCUUAUUACUAAACCAUUUUUGACGGACAUCCUAUACUCAUUGAUUUCCUCAUUGUGGAGGCUCUUUGAAUCUGAGGUUACUGCAUGUGAUAAGCAUGAAGCCAAUCUCCUUGUUUCCUCAACAGGACCGUGAUUUCUGCAUCAUCUCUGUGCCCAAGUUGGCCCCUGAGUUCCCCCUGCUCCAGAGCUUCCUCAGGGUGGUACCACACCACACCAGCAGUCUGCCCCAGGAGCUCUACAUCUUCCACCGCUCUGGCCUGCUCAAGUGGGUAUUAGUAUAGUCCCCAACAGAACAUUUCAAUAGUUUUAGCCAUUGACAUACAUAUAAGGUUUUAGCAUGCAUGUAUCUCAUUAUUUAUCUUACAAAGAUCAAAUUGAGAUGGAUGUUAUUGGAGAAUUGAAGAGAGACAUGCUUUUGGGGGGAGAAAUCCCUGGAUGUGUAUAUACAAUGGAAAUUGCUUGUGUAAUGUCAAUCAUGGUCUUGUUGUCUCCUCAGGACAUUUGUCGUGACUCUGGCAGUGUCUGCGGACAGGCCUGCUGUCUGUGACAUGGUGAAGAGACUCAGCCUGCAUGAUAGCCUGCUGGAGGACCUGGACAUGUUUUACCAGGCCCAUAGAGACAUGGUCAGACACACACAGGGCAUACUACUGCCAAUAGGACAAGGAAUAGUACAACAACCACUAGUUCCAUUUACUUUGUUCUUAUAUAGCUAGUCUCAGUUUAUCAAUCAAUCAAUCAAUCACACAAAAACUGUUCCAGAGUGAUUACAAUUAUUACGUUGGAAGACUUGGAGUAUCACUGAUUGAUUGAUGGUUUUUGCAAGGAAGUAACUAAUUACCAUGUAAACCACAUUUCCAGUGGUGAUUGACACCCCAGCUGUCAAACAUGACUAUGACAGAGCUCCAACACAGAUAAUUACUUUGGAAAUGAAAAUGGAACCAUAUUUAUGUGUAAUCCUUAAGUCUAAUAUCUCAUCUCUCUUUCUCUGUGUCUGUCUUCCAGGAUGGAACACCCUUGCAGGCGUUUAUAGCCCAAGUUCAGAACCAACUAGUUGGGAUUGUAAUUAUCAGAAAUGAGGAGGUAAUUUUCUUGUUUAUCUUCCCUAGACAGACUUCAAUGGUAUUUUGCUUUCAUAGAUUUAGUACUACUUAAACUCUCUCUCUCUCUCUCUCUCUCUCUCUCUCUCUGCCUCUCUCUCUGCCUCUCUCUCUCUCUCUCUCUCUCUCUCUCUCUCUCUCUCUCUCUCUCUCUCUCUCUCUCCUCUCUCUCUCUCUCUCUCCCCCUCCCUCUCUCUCUCUCUCUCUCUCUCUCUUCCCCCCCCCCCUAUUUCUCUCUCUCUCUCUCUCUCCCCCUCCCUCUCUCUCUCUCAGGAUAUAGAUUACAUCCGAGCCAACUACAACAUUGAGAACUUCAUCUACUUCAGCCACCACCGCUAUGAGGAGCACGGCCAGCUGUGUCACUUUGCCCUCAACCCCAUCUUCCAGCACUACGCCAAACACUUCCUAAAGGAGGCACUGCGGCUGGCCCACAAAUCCUGCCUCUACUACCCAAUCUACCCCUCCUACCACAGCCAGAAGGUGAGAGAAACAGCCUGUAAAGCUCGUAUUGACUUCUCACCUUACCCAUUCCACUGUAAUAAUAUAAUAAUAUGCCAUUUAGCAGACGCUUUUAUCCAAAGCGACUUACAGUCAUGUGUGCAUACAUUUUUACGUAUGGGUGGUCCCGGGGAUCAAACCCACUACCCUGGCAUUACAAGCGCCAUGCUCUUCCAAUUGAGCUACAGAGGACCUCUGUGUGUGUGUGCAUGUGUGUGUGUGUGCAUGUGUUCAUGUGUGCGUGCACAUUGUGUUCACUAACAGAUAUUCAUAAGUGCAGUGUUCCUCAGCGCCUGCCCAGCCACUCUUCACCAACUCUCUCUGGGAUUGGAGCAGCAGGUGCUGAUAUAGGACUGCCAGGUCCACCUCUUUGGACUGUUAGAAGACAUUUCCUCACUGUGUAGAGGCCUUCUCCUCAUCCUCCUCCUUCCCCUCUGCUAAUUAACUUCUACAAACAUGCACCAGAUGGUGAGGUGUAAAUAGAAUAAUGGAAUUAUGGAAAAUCUAAUGGGAGAGGGAAUCAUCAUUUGGGCAGUGGAUGCUGGAGUAUAGGGUUGGUCAGCCAUGACUGAGGCAGUGGAAGGUCUAUUCAGUAGAAGGGGUUUCUAUUCAGGAGCACGUUGAUGGUCGGGUAAAUCGGAUAAAACAACCUCUUCAUCAGAACUAAUUAUGGCUGCGUCCCAAAUGGCAUCCCCUACAGAGCUCUUAUGGGCCCUGGUCAAAAGUAGUGCACUAUAUAGGGAAUAGGGUGCCAUUUUGGCACCUGUUAGUCACCCCCCUCCUUUGCCUCCAUCAAUGGUAUAGCUCAUAGAUAUCACCUCACCUGACCCUUGCCCCUUUUCCACUCCCCUCAGAACUCGUGUGCCCAUUACCUGACCUCUGUCCUGAACUUCAUGGUCCCGGUGCGCCCGCGACGCCAGAUUGUCUACCCUCUGGAGGAGCUGGGUAUCAACGCGCCAUCCAAGCAGAUCACCAAGGACCAGGUGGGCACAGCAGCAGCUGAUGAACAGGCUGGUUGGUGGUUUAACAUGCCCGGGAAUGCAGAUGGGCAAGUACUCACUGUCUCCAGGUUAACAGAAUGAGAGGGAGAGAGAUGAUAGGAGAAAGGGAAGUAUCUUUAGUGUGUAAUUUACAUGCCCACAAGAGGGUGCUGUUUUAAAGUGGAUGGAUUCCCCACUUAGCAUGGAGUUUUUAAAACCUAGAUAUUUGUUUCAAACAGUAAAAUAUUGUGAUGAAUAUAAUUCUAAAGUUAUUUUAUGUGAAUGGUAUUGUGAUGGAUAAAAUUCAAAAGUUAUUUUAUGUGAAUGGUGAUUAUUCCAUCAAGGGUAAGGCACUCCAUGGACAAACAGCAUUGCAGUCUUGAACAUUGCUUAUAAUUAGUUGUCAAGCUUUUUCAGUGGUAUUGUAUAUGUAUAUAUUUUAUAUAACUUUUCUUUAGUAGUCUUUCCACACACACCUCCCCAGGCUAUUUUUAAAGGGCUUAUAUUAAUAUAGAUGAGGGCAGCAGAUAGUUGCUAUGACAGAUGGUUAGGAAUGUUUGCCUCUGCUGUUAAACAGGUAAAGGAGCACAGUCCACUUACCACACAGUCAGUCAUAAGCCAGUGUCUGCCGCACCUAGUCUGUGUCUCAAUAGUUGUAACUAGCUUGGUCUCUUUGUGUCCUCUUCCUCCAUGAUCACUGAUCUGGGUGAUGGGAGAGGUGGAAGUGAAAUAGUCUGUUCACCUAAAAGGUCAUGAAAGAAAAGGAGACAAGGAAAGGAAGGCAUUUCAAACUUAAUCAAACACUUGUGUUGGAUAUGCAACAAAUGUAAUGUUAUACUAAAUCAGAACUUUAUUAGAAUUUGACCAUUUGAAUGUCACUAAUCACAGCACAUUCCUUUUUUUUUUUAUAUCAGCCUAUAUUCUUAAAGAUGCACUAUGCAGAAAACUGCUCCGCCAUUUCCUGGUUGCUAAAAUUCUAAUAGUUCACCUAAUUUCAGUUUAUGUGACAAAACAAGCAAGUAGAGUGUAGAAAAUCAUUGUACCCUCUAAACCGCUGUGAAAUAUAAUUUCCAUAACCAAAAUAAAGCUGGUGUACAAAGCCGAAAGUAAAAGAGGCAAAAACGAAAUGUAAGAAGAAAAGAAAUAGCGUACAUAGAACAGAUCUACCGCUUCUUAGACUUGCUUUCAAUGAGAAUGACAGAUCUAUAACUCACAUUUCUAUGUGAAUUUGGUCGGGUCAUCCAAAAAGUGACAUAUUGCAGCUAAUAAUAUCCAUAGAGCUGUAGUACACAGCAUGUUCUGAACCAUAAGAUAGAAGCACAGUUAUUCAACAUGUUGCUGUGCUUUUUAAUCUUAGAUCAUAUAAUCAAUCUGACAGUACUAGUUCCUAUAUGUGUCACGUGUACCGCGUGGCACUCCCUUCUCCCUCAGUGUAUUAGCAGAUACACCUGCAUUCGCCAUUCCAGGCCAUCCAAUUUAAAACCCCCAUUUAGUAACAUGGCAACCAUCAUAUCCAGGCUGCCAUGUAGAUAAGAGGAUAGCAGAGCGCUGCCUCGCAGCUUUGUCUCUCAGUCUACGUCCAAAAUAGCACCCUAUUCCUUAUAUAGUGCAUUACUUUUGACCAAAGCCCUAUUGGUGCCAUUUGUGAGACAGCCUCAGCCAAGUAAUCUAAGCCUGGUGUCCAGCACAGAUGUAUUAAUCAGAUUUAAAGCACCUGUUCCCUCUCUGUCAAUACAGGAUCGUAUUACACAGUGCCAUGGUCACAGCACCCGGCCAUUAUGUUAGAGAAAAGGUUAGGAUAAGGAAUAGGGACGGCUGCACCUGCCCCACACUAGCCUAAACCUACCUGCCCCACACUAGCCUAAACCUACCUGCCCCACACUAGCCUAAACCUACCUGCCCCACACUAGCCUAAACCUACCUGCCCCACACUAGCCUAAACCUACCUGCCCCACACUAGCAUAAACCUACCUGCCCCACACUAGCAUAAACCUACCUGCCCCACACUAGCCUAAACCUACCUGCCCCACACUAGCCUAAACCUACCUGCCCCACACUAGCCUAAACCUACCUGCCCCACACUAGCAUAAACCUACCUGCCCCACACUAGCCUAAACCUACCUACAUAUGACAGAGCACAAAUCAGACCUGCACAGUGUUGUUUGGUUAGCUGGUGUAUUUCAGGUGAUUAUUAUUUAGGGGGUUCUUUACAAAGCAGAACAGAUAAUGUUCCUGCACUUGAAUUACAUAGGUUUGAUUACAUUUGGUCAUUUUCACUUGAAGUCAGAUUUUGAACUUAUAUUAUAUAUGUUCUUUUAAGAACAGAGCAGGCACUACUGGGAAUAACAUAAAUAUUACUUGAAGGUUAAUUCCACACCCAGGUUUCCCCUUCCUUUGUGGUGUGCUGCCAUUUUCCAUCCAACAAGGUGUGUAGGGGAACCAAUGUAGCUAAUUAUGAAUGCUCUAGGACCAAUUAGCGCACUAAGAUCACAGUGUAAUUAUUAUCUGUGGAUAACACAAUGUUCUCUGCGUUCAUUCUGACUCUGUACCUUCAAAUCAAAUCAAAUCAAAUUGUAUUUGCCACAUGCGCCAAAUACAACGGGUGUAGACAUUACAGUGAAAUGCUUACUUACAAGCCCAACAAUGCAGUUUAAGAAUGCAAAUAGUCUGGGUAGCCAUUCAGGAGUCUUAUGGCUUGGGGGUAGAAGCUGUUAAGAAGCCUUUUGGACCUAGACUUGGCGCUCCGGUACCGCUUGCCAUGCGGUAGCAGAGAGAACAGUCUAUGACUAGGGUGGCUGGGGUCUUUGAUAAUUUUUAGGGCCUUCCUCUGACACCGCCUGGUAUAGAGGUCCUGGAUGACAGGAAGCUUGGCCCCAGUGAUGUACUGGGCCGUACGCACUACCCUCUGUAGUGCCUUGCGGUCGGAGGCCGAGCAGUUGCCAUACCAGGCCGUGAUGCAACCAGUCAGGAUGCUCUCGAUGGUGCAGCUGUAGAACUCUUUGAGGAUCUGAGGACCAAUGCCAAAUCUUUUCAGUCUCCUGAGGGGGAAUAGGCUUUGUCGUGCCCUCUUCACGACUGUCUUGGUGUGUUUGGACCAUGAUAGUUUGUUGGUGAUGUGGACACCAAGGAACUUGAAGCUCUCAACCUGUUCCACUACAGCCCCGUCGAUGAGAAUGGGGGCGUGCUCAGUCCUCUUUUUUUUCCUGUAGUCCACAAUCAUCUCCUUUGUCUUGAGCACGUUGAGGGAGAGGUUGUUAUCCUGGCACCACACGGCCAGGUCUCUGACCUCCUCCCUAUAGGCUGUCUCAUCGUUGUCGGUGAUCAGGCCUACCACUGUUGUGUCGUCGGCAAACUUAAUGAUGGUGUUGGAGUCGUGCCUGGCCAUGCAGUCAUGGGUGAACGGAGUACAGGAGGGGACUGAGCACAGCGUGGCAGAUGUGUUGUUACCUACCCUUACCACCUGGGGGCGGCCCGUCAGGAAGUCCAGGAUCCAGUUGCAGAGGGAGGUGUUUAGUCCCAGGGUCCUUAGCUUAGUGAUGAGCUUUGAGGGCACUAUGGUGUUGAACGCUGAGCUGUAGUCAAUGAAUAGCAUUCUCACGUAGGUGUUCCUCUUGUCCAGGUGGGAAAGGGCAGUGUGGAGUGCAAUAGAGAUUGCAUCAUCUGUGGAUCUGUUGGGGCGGUAUGCAAAUUGGAGUGGGUCUAGGGUUUCUGGGAUAAUGGUGUUGAUGUGAGCCAUGACCAGCCUUUCGAAGCACUUCAUGGCUACAGACGUGAGUGCUACGGGUCGGUAGUCAUUUAGGCAGGUUAUCUUAGUGUUAUUGGGCACAGGGACUAUGGUGGUCUGCUUGAAACAUGUUGGUAUUACAGACUCAGUCAGGGACAUGUUGAAAAUGUCAGUGAAGACACUUGCCAGUUGGUCAGCGCAUGCUCGGAGUACACGUCCUGGUAAUCCGUCUGGCCCUGCGGCCUUGUGAAUGUUGACCUUGCGUUGAAUGCUUUGACAUUUGGAAAUGUGUUUUCAAUAGGGUCAGUACUCAUAAUAAAAUAGUUCAUGUAGGAGUGCUGCCACUUAUUACGUUUCACUCAGCGUUUCCAGUGGAACCAUCAAACAUUAAGAAAUGUCCAUAUUUUUGGUAUAAACGCUACUAAAAUAAUAUUAGGAUUUUUUGUCUGAAAGCUGGUACUCUCUUUUAGGUAGUUAAGUGAUGUGAUAAAUGCCCAUCUCUGGGUUUUAGGCCAUUGUCAUUCAAAGAAACCCAAAUGGGAAAAUGGUGUGCACAUUAUUAAUACAGCUUUUAGGAACGCAAUAAUUGUGUUUGUCGUCUAUAUUGGUUAGAUUGCUGGUAAUCAAACAGAUGAAUCUGUGACUUUUACACACGCUCUCUCUCUCUUCUCCUCAGGUCCCGUAUGCUCUCAACCACAUCAACCGAAAGCUAACCAUGGAACCAAAAGUUACCAUCAAUGCCAGGAUCGUGGUAGUGGGGGCAUCAGACACUGGCUUAGCAUUUCUGGAGGUGCUCGCUUUCUGGUAUUGAGAAAUUGUAUACAUGGCAUUCAUAAAUUGCAUUUAGAAAUGUGUGUUUUAGAGGAAGCUCAAUGUCAUCCUCCUCUAGAUGAUUGUAGUUAGUGGGAGUGACUGGUAGGUAUUAGAGCAGCAGUGAUUAGUAGAAAUAUGAGUAGGGAGGAGACUAAAAGGCAUACCCACCCAGAGCAACAUGUGUUAAUGCACUACCAUCCCUUCUCCCACCAAGGCAAUCUGUACAGCCUGCUUAGUAUUGGCCUGAAUUCAUGGUUACCUUCAAACAAACACCAAUACCACAACUUUUGUUAUUACAGUAUGUUUUGCUGAGGUUAAGAAAAGCUUAUUUAUGACUAUCUACACAUGCAGAUUCUUGCUUCUCAAAGUCUUGAUGUUUAGUUGAUUUGAUGAAUGAGGCAUUAUAGUUCUAGGCUUGGAUGAAAGCCUGCACACACGACAACCCUCCAUGACCACAAGUAAAAACACUUGUCUAAAGUGUAUGUCAACAGCAUUCACUUUCAGAAUGAGUUUUCUCCUUAAUUCGUAUUUUAUUCCAGGCAUCCUAUCUCUGGAAAUGUCGCCAGACCUUUUGUUGGCUAGAAAGAGGAGCUACAUGUUUGCAUUCAUUCCAUCUUUGAGAUGAACUGUUCCUCCAGACAAUAUGGGGUCUAGGUCUGGUCAUUCGCCGCCAGCCGAUAACUGCCAAGCAACCAGGUCAUUGUGUGUGGAUGUGAAAGCAGCGCGGAAGGAGGGAACGUGCAUAACUCAGGGAGGGGGUUGGCAGGCAGGGCGGCUGGGCGAUGGGCACACAGCUGCCUGGGGCUGGCAUUCAGGAGGGCCCGGCGCUGGCCCUUUAAUUAGCCACUCCACUGUUCUCAUGUCAGGGAUCUUCUGCAGCGAUCUGUGUUUGCUGUCACUAAUGACUUGACUAAUGAGGCAGUUAGUGUCCACUAAACUAAUGGUGAGGCGGUGCUAGCAGUGGGCCGUCUGAGUGAUGGGUCAGCUUGGGCCAUGCUGGGCCCCCUUAUCAGGCCAACCCAAACGGCUGGCCUCCAGCUUUCCAUCCUCCUCCAUCCAGCCCACCCUCCACUCCUCAGUGGGACAGGGUCAGAUCAGGGGGAGCAGGGCAGACAGAUAAAGAGGUGGUGGGGUGGCUCGGCCUCUCUGCCUGAUGGUCAGUGGGGUGGGGGGAGUGGGGUGUCGGGUGUCUGUCAGCGCCUGAUAACAGACAGACAGGAGCUGUUUUUUUGGUCACGUCCAGAGCCCAAUAACAGGCCUUAAUGCCUCUGCUGGGCGUUAAACCCACCUUCUUGCUCAGAUUGACACGGAAAGUUGGAUUGAAAUGUGCUCUGAUUAUACUCUGUUCACCAGAAAACACACUGGAUUAGGCUGCCGUUGUGAACAAAGACUAUAGUUGAGCUUUUUCUCUAUACAGCAAGCCAAGUGUUAAAAUCUAUCAACAUUAAAGGGUUUUAAUAACUAUUGUGUGUUGACACAUCAGUUUGUGUUGCCUGAAAGGGUAUUUGUUCACUUCCUACACACAUUUGCAACUUAGAUAUGGUGCAUUCAUUAGCCAAGAUCAAUCACUUUCCCUCCCAGAGAGAGGCAGCAGACUUGCAGGCGAUCUAAAGCUUGACAUGACAUGACUCAGCCCAGUGUACAUCUCCUUUUCACACAACACCAUUGAGGCUUUCUCUGUUGUAUCACCAAUGGGGAUAACGUCCAUUUGGCACAGAACAAAGGAGGACAUUUACAUCACAAGAGACCUUUUACACUCCUGAUUGUAAACGCAUAAGAGGAACACUACAGGCCGGAGACAAAACCAGACCAAACAAAAGGAAGGGCUUUUACUAUGAGGCUUAGAAAAUAAAGGAUUUUUAAUGCAUACCGAUGUAGAUGAAAUGCAAUAGGGGAAUUAGGUGGAAGCAUUCAGCUGCAUCUGCGCCCACUCACUCAGCUCUCAGAGAAUAACAGAACACUGCAGACAGAGAGAGCCUGUGCUCAUUUCUCUGUGAUGUGUUCUAUUCUUCCUGGAACCCAUGUACUAUAUGUUUGGUAUUAGAUGUUCCCCGCUACUACAAAAUGGAACAGGAACGCUGAGAGAUAAUUAUUGGCGAAAUACAGCGUUUUGAUCAUCAGGUCAAGAGCAUCUGUGUUUAGGUAGGAUGAGGUCAUCAUUUCUGAGAAAAUAAACAUGAUCCUAUUCUGCACUGCACAGUAGCUGCACUCACGAGUCAGGGUUCUCUUCCCAGUAAUCAGUAUGUGCCUUUCCUUCUCCAGCCCACACCUGAGGUUCAAUAACAUGACUCUGAUCUCCACGCAUGGCUUCCCAGGCUACUACACCAAUGAAAAUAUGAGAUUCUUGUCCACAAGGUGAGACACCUGCAGCUUCUCUUGUUGUCAUUUUAAGGCCUACAUGGUAGACUGUAGUCAUCAAUGUCAAUGGAAAUCUCAUUAACGCUUGGGCAUUAUUUCAUCUUUGGUGUUCGAGGAUGACUUAUGACUUUCAAUGGGCUCAAUAAUAGCGCUAGCAUACUACAGAAUUAACCUCUAUUUUAGACUGACUUCACUCCCCCUCUCCACUACCCACAGCCAUGGCUCCAGCGACAGGGACCAUGCCCAGAUGUCGCUGCGCUCCUGGAUCAACGUGGUGACUGGCAAGAUGGUGGGCAUCGACAGGGCAGCCAAGCAUGUGCUGGUAUCUGGGGGCAGGAAGGUGCCAUAUGAUCAUCUCAUCCUCUGUACAGGCCAGCAGUACCAGGUUAGAGGGACAUCCUGCAUAUAAUAUUAUAAUUAGUAGUAGUAUAUAUAUACAUAUAAUAUGUUUUAUGUCAUAGUGUUGGGGGAAAUUAAAGCACACUUUCUGUAGUGUCAUCUAUGGAUUUUAUUUUGUUACAAUCGUCAUCAUUUCAUAAUCACAUUAUAAUUCUGUAUUGAUGUUCUGAAACCUGAAUGAUUUCUGUGAGGAUUUCUGGGUUCGUCCCUGCUAGGUUCCCUGUCCCACUGGUGUGGACAGCAGCCAUCUUCCCCCCAAAAGCCAGCUCCCAGCCCAGCCCCGUCGUAGAUACACCGGGCCUGUCCCAUCCAACCUCUUCACCCUCAACGACCACCACGACUGUGUGACCGCUUACCAGUGGCUGCUCAACAACUUUGUGAAGCUGAAG